GUCAGCUCAGACCCCGAAGCCCGCAUUUCGUUGCCGAGGCUUAGCGCAUCCCACGCUGAGAUGUCUGAAGAAGACGUCGCCCAAUUCCUUCCCCGACACGGACGCAUGGCUGACAAUUAGGGCCGGAAGAUCCAUCGGACGAGGCGAGGCGAGGCGGGAGCAUGACGGGCGAGCCACCCGAUGAGGAUGGGCUCAAUAGCGCGGACGGCACAGGUGACGGCGAUCCGCGCCGUGUCCCCGAUCCGCCGAGCUACAGGGGGAAAGUCUUGUAAGGGCUGCCUCUAUUAUUCCUCGCGCCUGAAGUCCGACGGCCACAAUCCCGUCUGCGUUGGCAUCGGUCGGACUCUUCCACAAGUACCUAACUCCAUCAUUGGUGAUUCUGAAACGGAAGCUACAAAAGAUGGUCGUAGCCUGUCAGAUUUCAAGUAUGCUUGUGUUGGUUAUUCACUUUUCCUAGAUAAGAAAGAUAAUACUGCUGAAAAGCCAGAGAACCAAGCAGAAUUGCCAUUUUGUGUGGGCAUAGAGAUAUUGGCGGACAGAAGAACUUCAACUGCUGGUCAUAUUCCUGCAAAUGUUAACAAGGAAGAUGAUGGACCAUAAAUGAUCUUUUGGAAGUUCUAUUUUAUUUAAAACAAGGAUGGAUGUCAAUCUGUGUUUCUAGCUACAUUGGAUCAUAAGGCCAAUUUCUUGACAACUUUGCUAUAUUUU